AUGAAAGAGGAGCCAAAGGCUGAGCUUUCUAGUCGCCUCCCGCCCAUCCUUCGCGCGCCGUUUUGGCGGCGCUCACCGCCGGCCGCAGCGCCGGACCGUGAGAAGAUUGAGAUGGCAGACAUGCCGCUGCAGGCAGCAGAAAAAGACAAGGAUGUGCCAAAUAAAACACCGAGGCUGCAAUUUGCACAUGCGCACAUGCGCGUGCAUCCACAGGACCUGCCGUACGAAUAUGAUCCUGACGAACUGUAUCGAGGGCUGGACUCGCACGUUACAGCGCAUCGCACACGACGACGUCAGGAACGACGCAAAGCGCCGCGUUUGGAUACAGAUGAUGAGGAUGCAUCGGAUAGCAGCACAAGCUCUAGCUCGAGCAACGAGUCGAAUGCGGCUGCUCACGCCUUUUCGCGUAUUCGUGCCUUGUUUGGCGAUGAUUCAGACAGCAGCGGGACAGAUUCAAGCACAAGCAGCAGCGAUGACGAAUCGGACGGAGGCACGUCAACUACUUCUGGCAUCAGCCGCAUAUCUGCAGUCGUGCGACGCCGCGGUCGCGACGACGUUUCCAUGACUGAUUCUCCCGCCGGAUUGCACGCUUUUUCGCCGUGGACGCCACGUAUUGGCGGCGCGCUGGGCGCUCGGCGACGCCGGCGCCAGCGCCAGCGCGAGAAAGCACGACGGCAGGCUAAUGCCGUGCAUAUACAAAAAGCAAGUCGAAACGCACGGCGCAAUGCGCGUCGGCUCCGCAGGAUUGCUGGUGGCGCUACAGAGUUUACAUUAUAUGUUCCCACCGCGCCAAAUGUGAACCCAGACUUUUCGUCGCAAUCAUGGCGCGCCGUUGAGAAGCAAUUACUGCGAUACUUUCAGUACUUUAGCCAGGACGAUGGUCACGGCGGAGAUCUUGGCGCGCCGCAUGAGCUUGAUCUGUCGCAAGACAAGCCAUUGUUUGGGUUACGAGCGACGCAAGAGGAGGAUGUUGUAGCACCGCAAGUCCAAGAUAUGGAGAUGGUCAAACCCGAAGGCGAUUUUGAAAAGAUGGGCAUGCACGAUACGUGGUACAACCAAGAACGGAACACGGGAAAGCACAUGUCAGACAUGCCGCUUGCUUCGUACUUCCGUGGCGCAACCGGUGAUCUGACCAAAUCUCCCAUGCCUUUUUCGGGGCAGUAUACUCCCCGGCGCUCCACCUUCCGAUCCGUUUUGAAAACGCCGCGCGAUCCCAUUAUUCCAGAAGAGGCUGAAAUCGACGAACUGGAUAUUCCAAUUCUCGGCGAGCCGAUGCUCGCGUUACCCCCAGAAUUGGAGCAAAAUCAAGCGGCCGAUGCGACGACAAUUGCAUCUUCCAUUCCUGCCUCGCCACCGCUUUUGAUGCGCGCCAAUCCGUGGUGGCUCGACAUUUGCUGUCCUACUUACAAGACCAUGCAACAGCUGAGUCAACAUUUCCCACUGCACCCACUCACGGUGGAAGAUAUACUGAAGCAGGAGCAGCGCGAGAAGGUGGAGAACUAUGACCGACUGGGCUACUACUUUGUCGUGAUCCGCGCUUUGGACGAGCAGUAUUUCCGAUUUCACAACAACACCUCCGAAGCAUCCGACGGGGAAAAGGGCGCAGAUAUAUCGCCAGCUGCACUCCAGGCGCGCUUCGAAAAGAAGCUCAUCCACGACCCGUUGCGCCAGGAGCUCACGAAUUCGUCUGUGAACUUGGAAAUUUGCAAGGACAAGCAAGGGAAAGAAGGCCUGGAGGGUCUCGCUGCUGGCUCCGUGAGCUUAUACUUGGUCGUGUUUGCACACGGCGUCCUUUCUUUUAGCUUUGAAGAUAUGAAAAAAUACACAGACCAUGUGCGUGCAAAACUUAUGCACGAGCUCUUGAUUGGCAAUCAUAAUGCAGAUUGGAUCGUUCAUGGUUUGUACGAUGCAGUUGUCGACGUGUUUGCGCCGUACGUCUACUUUUUGCAAAUGCAAGUCGCAAACAUUGAAGCACUUUCCAACGACAUGAGCGUUUCUCCGUUUGUAAAACGGCCGCCGCGCACCGUUUUGGGCCGGCUCAUCAAAUGGAUCCAGAGCCUGUUUCGAAAAAAGAACCCUCUCGCCGGUACUGCACUGGAAGGAGGCGAUGAGCAAGAUACCCAAUACGCGAUGUACCUCACAAAACGAUCCAAAAAAAGUCCAUUGUUCAGCACCGCCGACGCAUUGCUCCAGAGCCAGUUUAUUUUGAGCCUUUCGCACACACGCGAAAUUGUCACUGGGCUAUCGCGCCUACUGUCGCCAAAAAUUGACGUUUUGCGUGGUAUCGAAAAACGCCUUGCGGACAGCAGCCACGACUUUUAUGACGACAACAUCAUUCUUUUGUACAUGGAAGACAUCUUUGACCAUGUCGCAUCUAUGGUAGCUCAGCUACAUGAACGCGACAAGGCACUCACACACACACACUGGUCGUUUCUCACUCGAUCCCGUAUUCGCAACAGGAGAUAUCAAAAAAGCAACAGCUAUGUGCUACUACUGGCAGCAACAGUGAUGGCUACCACAUUACUUUGCCAAAUGGUCACUAGUUCGUUUAGCAUGAAUGUCUGGGUACCUGGCAUUAGCCACCGGACAAGCCCUAACGACGAUGACCCAAUCUAUACGCAUCAUUAUGCAUUCGGUGGAAUCGUUGUUGGUCUCGCAUCCGUGCCCGUCAUCAUGUUUUCAUACUAUAAAUUUCUCAAGCGCCUUGCCAAGCGGCGCUCGAGCCUGCAAACCAAUAUGUGGUAG